CUCUUAUUACUAGUAGCACCAGCCCGCGGCGCCUUGUUUGGAAGCUUGGUACCAUACCGUGGUUGUUCGAUACCCACCAUACCGUAUGGUAUUGUACCGUCCCAAGAGUUGCGUCAUCUUGCCAGCAAUCAGAUGCCUGCCUGAGCCAUUUUCAGUGCCAACACGAUGCAAAACCAGCUCGCAAGGCUGUAAAAAUGGAAAUGGCGAAUUGAAACAGAAUCGGCAAUUUGACUGGCAAAAUUUUAAAAUGGAAAAUGACACUUUUUGUGGGUUUGUUUCGCGGGUCCACCUCUGAUCCUAUGAAAGUUAGUGGGGGUUUAGUUAGAGUAGGGAAAUUAUCUACGGAAGAGGGCGAGCACAAGAGGAAGUGGAACCACUGGUACCAGGCCUGCACAAAGAAUGCUGCGAGGACAUGUACCGGUACUAGUACCUACAAUCUCAUCGUUCUGGUGUUCGAGUGGAAGAGUGAUGCGAGGUGUGAGGGGUCGCGUGUAGAAGAUUUUUAAAAAUUGGCGAAGCAACCACCUGUAGCUAUUAAUAGCAGUGGUCAACUCGUGACGCUUGUAACUGACACGCAAUUCCAGCCAGGAGUAUGGCAAGUUUAGGCUACUGUCCUCUUGAUGAUCGACACAGCAAACGCAUCGAGGCUGCAUCUCAAGAGCUAGCUAGCUCAAGACACUCUUUGGAAAGAUGAUACCAAGCUCGCCACCAAAGGGAUUUCCUCUGACUAAGAGCUGGUGAUGGUGAAUCCCGUGAGGAACUUUCCUAGUUUGCUUGGUGGGUUUGUGGGUUCCGUUAAGUAAUGUUGCUUUCUUCCUGUGCUCCUGCGCUGGCACUGGCAGCUGGCAGCUCGAAGCGCUCCACCGUACCGGUUCUACUCCAGUACAUGUUCCGGUAGCUAGCUAGUACUGAUCAACAGGAGCUUGCUGCUGAGCAGCUUUGAUUCGUUCUCUGCGCGAGCGAUGACCUUAAAGCUCGUUCGCCGGAUACGGUAAGUGUGGCAUGGAUGAGAUUGGAUGAGCCAGCAUCAUUCCCGUCGCAGAUAAACUCCCCCCUUGAUAUUAAAAUGCCUCUGAGUUUGCCUGUGUACUGGGGGAGUAAACCUAAUUUAGCCCAGCACUGAUGAGUCUCACAGAGGAGAUGAAAGAGUCAUGCCCCAACCAAAAGUUACCACAGAGGCCGAAGCCUGUGUUUUAGCAAAUUUGGCGGUUGGUGACCUGUUUCAGUAAAACAGUCACUCUUUACUGAACCAUAUGAAUCUUAGCAUUAUCACAAAUACUCCUACUGAACUUUAUCUACUCUGCUUCCUACCUUACUCAACAUACCCUACUAAUGUGAAGAGAGGAAAGAGCAGUUUAUCACCUGCCAGAGUCAAAUUUUUUGACACUUGGCACCUAUUUUUUAAAGGCGAUUUGCUGGUAGAAAGUGUCACUUGUAUCAUCUCUCAAUCUCUUAGUGCCCAAGGGAGAGUACCCACUGGGUAUCUUAGCUCUAUCAUACUAGUUGCUAGUGCAGAUCUGAGUGCCUCCAGUACUAGUAUGUUCAUUCCAGAAAAAUCUCAAUACCUGAUAUCUUAUCACAUAGUUUCUUAAUAUCAAGGAAGAAGUGCAAAGAACUUGAAUGCGUAAACCUUUUCAAAGUCGAAUUUACGAGCCCGGCUGGUUUUGUUAGAUUUGUUAAAGCAUUCUUGUUUGGGCGGCGGCGGACCAAACCUGGAAGACAUUUGACUUUGGUAGGAAUUUUACGUAGCUCAUUUUUGCUGCUGGAGUCUCUCAUCAAGCCUUGCAAGAAUCAGAAAGUGGACAAUUUUUUUGGUUUUUCCCGUGGCUUUUGUAGGAGCAACCUGGAUGCCAUCAAAGCUAUCACUUUGGCAAGAAGGGCCCUGCAAUAAUAUCAAGAAAAGUGUGCUCAAGUAGUCUCUCUCGUGCUCUUGUGGUACACAGACCUCACACCAGUUCAUGGCAAAUUUAUUAUUAACCAUCAACUUGCAAGCUUAAUCACACAAUAUAUAGAAAGGACAACAACAGCAGUGACGGUAGCAUAGCAAUCCCAAGUCUAUACAACGAACGGCGAAGCGACGAGUGACAAUGACUCGAAUACAACGAAGUCUAAUGGUGGUAUCCUCUUUGGAGCGAUUCAUAGCAUGGGCUAUGCUUCUUGGGUUGGGAUUAACUCCAUUGGUCCGCUCUCAAGAAGUGACUGGUAGCAGCCACUUGGUUAGUGCGGCAGAAGCAGUGGCGUCAAGGAAUGAGGCCCGUGCGGCAAAUCAAGAACACCCAUGGCAGCUCGAUAAUGCUGCCCCUUUUUCAGCGCAGUCUUCUGCACUUCCUCUGGAAACAACAGUGAGCGAGAGGAUGAUCAAGGAGAUUAUUCAGAAGCGAUUGCUGAACGAAGAGAUAUUGGACUCGAUCCCGGGUUACCGCAGUAACACUACUUCCCCCUCCACAGCGCCACGGGCAGAUGACUUUGAGGCCUUUAACGAUCUCUUGGAAACCACCGUCUUUUCGCUGCCAGAUGCAGAUAUCAAUGAAGAGCUUCUCUUCCAGGUGCUAGGGAUCAAGCUCAGGAACUUGGAGUGCUCUCAGUUGCGCUUGGAAGAUGUCCAGCUCAGCCGCGAGUUUCGCAGCAAUCGAGAACUUGGACUCGGCGCCGGCGUGGUCGGGCUGGGACUGCAGUGCGAAUUCGACUUUUGGUGGCGAUACAUCUUCUUGACGGGCAAUGGACACGCCAACAUCCAGGUCGCUGACUCGGGAGCGGACUUUGGCCUAGACUUUUAUUCGCGAGAUUUCUCCGUAUACCCUCCCCAUGCCGCCAAGGUGGAGAACUGCGAAACAAACAUCAAUAUUGUCGGUAUUCAGUUCUCAGGGAACAUUGCCUCGGAGAUAUUCAAUCUAUUGGAACAACUCAUCCUGGACGUCGUGGGAGGGCUAUUGAAUGCGGAGAUUUGCGGCACACUCAAAGAUAUUGGGGCCGAGAUGAUUGGAGUGGGACUCGAGGCACUCUACGAGCUUAUCUUGCCCUUUCUGGAACCCGUCGAACCAUGGCGCAACAAUGUAACAUAUCCCGAGAUCAACAUGGAAGUCCCAGAAGACAUUGAACUCUUGAGCUGGAACGAUGACACCGGCUUUGGACAAUUCUUUGGCGCCGCGCUGGAAGAGGUCGAAGAAAGCAUGACUUCCAUGACCUUUGACCCAGACAAUGCACCUAAUGGAACCCUGUCACAUCCCAAUGGGACCAUGUUUCCCGAUGGAUACGAUCUCGGUAUCAACGCGAUGCUCAGAAGGUACUUGUUGGAUGAUAAUAGGACCUUCGGGUUGGAUCUGUCUACCUUUGGUGACGAGAACGGGGCGGUUCUGUUUCAAUCGCACGAUCAGCUUACCCAGACAAACCUCUCGCUCUUGUCGCUCAAGGUAAACGGCCUGGACACUUUCACAGACAUUCAGCCCUUUCAGAGAUACGGAAACCAUACUUUGGAAAAUGUGCUCAGUUGGGACUAUCUUUCAUUCGAGGCAGACAUCAAGAUGGAGAUCAUGGCUUCUUCGCAGGAAGACGCCUUUAUCAGAGAUACAGAGAGACCGGACCCAUACAUUGAAGAAAUGACCGUCACUGUCGGAGUCGAGAACAUUGAAUUGGACGUCGCUAUCAUGGUCGCCUUAGACCCGUCUCGGAUGAUUACUAUUGAGGUCGGAUCGAUGCUGGACGUAGCAUCCAUGGUGCCGUGUUUGUUUGCAUCCUUUCACGACUUUGUCAUUGCUGGCUUGAAUGUGUCGGUGGGAGACAUCCAGCUUCCAACUGUUGAUGGUUUGGUCUCUCCCGGUGCUGACCGUAUUCUCGUUGAUGGUGCAGAGAUUGGAUUCUUCAUGUUCAAGGGAACUAUCCUUCAAAUGCUUCCUUCGCUCUUUCAGUCAACAGUUAGAGACUUGGCGACAGAGGCCCUCGAAAACUUUACCUGUCCCGAGUUUGAAGAAUUCGAAGAAGACUCGUUUGUGGACCUUCGUGAUUUGCUGCUAUCUGGAGACGAAGCCAAAGAACUCGGUGGCACAGGAGAUGCACAAUAUGGAGACUUGGCGUCGACCGUCUACGGCAUUGGACAAGACAUGUGGUCAGCGGUUGAACCGGAUGGAACACUUGGCCUGAACGAUCUGGCUGUUGGCCCUAUCACCGAGGCAAUCUCGGGGACAGAGGGAAUGUUGUUGAUUCCAGGAGCGCUCUACAACUUUACGACUAACGAAGAAAACCAGAUGGAAUUCAAGACGCUCGUGCAACGGUUUGAGUUUGCAAUAUUUGACCUCACAAUUGACAAUCUUGACACCGUGGUCCAUCCAAUGGCAAUCCUUCAGCCCAUCAAUCAUCCCUUUGUCACCCAGAGCACCAUCAAUAUGGGCCCACUCGAAGACUCCCCACUGAACGUAACGAUUGGCCUCUUGAUGUCGCUUGACAUUGAUGAUUCGCCACUGGCUAUGAACAACGUCAUCACGAUGGGCUUCUCCGUGGCUUCCGUCGAAGCAUUCAUAGAAAUCUUAUCCAUGAUGUCGACCAACCAUCUCCUAAACCUACAGCUGGGCAAUGCAGUGGAUAUCAACUGUUUGUUUGCGACACUCCCACCUCCAGAGUUAGACCAGCUUGGAUACAGGGUCAAGGGAAGUGUCGAACGUGGACUUAAGUUCAGGCGAUUGCUCGCUAAAAUGUCCGACUUGAGAUUGCUUGUCAAUUGCGUGGAGUGCAGUCCUGGUAUGGCUUCGUUACCUGACAUUGUUGACAUUUGGGACAGGGCGGGAGUUACCGAGCUCCUCAGCUACAGGCUUCCAAUAGUGGUGGCAGAGUUCAUGACGAGCGAAACCAUGCAGGUUCAUGUCGACCGUUGGGUUGUUGGCGCGCCAUACGCUUGCCCCCAGAGAAAUGAGUACCUCACCGACUACGAUAGACCAGAGACGUGGGAAAAACCUGAGUUUGAUGACAUCUCGGUAGAGUCAAGCGACACGCUUUUCUUCACCUUUCUUGUAGCUGGACAAGUUGGUUUUGUGUUGCUCGUGGAGACGCAUUAUCCGUGGGAAUUGGACACUCUCCAAUACAUGUCAUCCCAGGAACAUUUCGAGCAGCCGAAUGGAACGCAUUUGAUCGACUGGACGAACCUAACGCAGGGCUUUGACCAGUUGGCCGACGACGCUCGAGACUAUCUUAGUGAAACCCGCUUUGACAACGAGACUGGCAUGGAGGAUCUCGGUGUCAACAUUCUUAUCCGUGAUUUGUUCGCCGAUGACAAUGGUACCAUCGAAGUCGUAGGUUUUUUGGGAGACGAACCCAUCGAGUUUGACAUUGAAGGUGUUGUGUUUUUGAUUCACGCCAUCAGGAUUCGAGGGUUGGACACAUUUAGCAGAUUCGACGUCCUGAAACCAGUCGCUCCGCAAACCGUCCUCAACAGUGUUUAUCUACGUGAGCUAGAAGUUGACCUUGACUUCAGCAUGGGGUCACGCAGUAACCCUCCACAAAUCAUCACAGCCAAAUUCGCGAUGAAGGACCUCAACGCGACAAUCCCUCUAUUCGCUGCCAUCGACUUGAACUUUAUGAGUCAACUUGAAAUGGGUCACUUCAUGAUGUUCGACUAUAUUUUCCCAUGUUUAAUGGCUACUGCUGUGGACAUACACUUCCCACAAAUCCUGAUCUCCAUUGGCAAUUUAUCAACUCCAAUUUUUGAAGGCUUUCUCCCCGAAUCUCAGGCAGCUCUGACGCAGUCUGUAGAGGAAGUUUUUGAACGUUACGGCGAAAGGUCCCUGAAGGCCCUCCCGAUCUUGUUUGACGUGAGCGCGCGAACGUUCGUGAAUACGUGGCUUCAAGAUUAUAUCAGGGGCAGGGCGCAGUGCACCCAUCUGAGGGAACACGCUUUCAAUGCAACGCCCCCCGGUGAAAAUCCGUAUCCCUUUGCCUAUUUUCUCGAUUUCCGAGAGUUACUCCUUGAUGCAGCCAACUCGACUGCAAAAGGAGGGCGAGGAAUGUCGACUUACGGCGAUACACUUCGAACUCUGUCAGUUCCGCUCAACGACCAGAUUCUCGCUGUCGAUCCUGUUACCGGUCUCUCUACGAUUAACAGCCUUGUGGCGGGCGCUACCGAGUUCCUCUUUGGAGAGAAAGGAAGUGUGAUCAUACCUGGCACAAUCCUUGAGACUGAUGAAAUUGACUUCGGCGUCGGCGCUCUCUUGUUGAACAUAUCACUAUCCAUGGGCGACUUGCACAUCCAGAACGCUGACUCAAUUGGUGAGCCUAUCGAGAUUCUUCGGCCUGUUGAUGGGGAGCCGUAUUAUCUCGACAACAGCGUUGGGAUCGGCCUGGGUGACAAGCCUGUUCGUGUUUCGCUCCGUUUUUCGGUGGACAUUCUCAAUAUAGACGCAGACACUCUCGAUGUGACCAAGGAAAUCCGGAAUGAAAUGAUCAUAUCCAUUGACAUCCAUACUGCCAAGACUCUGUUCAAUGGCCUCCUCAAGAUACCGGAAUCGAGGUUGAUAGAUUUCCCGAUGAGCGACUUCCUCAAUCCGUGGUGUUGGGGUGCCCUCUUCCCCGCCCCUGAGUUGAACCAUCUGGGUAUUCGGCCAGAAGGUGAACCCAGGUCUGUUGCGCUGAUGGACUUGGCGUUGGAAUUUUCCAAGUUGAACGUUACGAUCGAGUGUGUCAGUUGCACGAGCCCUGGGAUGGCAAAUCUUGUGGAAACUCUGCGAAAACCUGGCUCAUCAGAAGGCCUUACGCUGCUUGCCAAUACAAUUGUCGAAUACGGGUUGGAUAUCGUCACGGGAAAUCUGGUACAGAAUGCCAUAGAUCGCGGUAUCAUGGAGGCAACAAGGAGAUGCCCGCACGACCCGAAGUAUGAAGGAGAUAACCUUGAUCUCCGAGUGUUUGAUCCGCUGAACUUUGACCGAUCUGUUGCUGUGAACCACAUUUUGUUCCUGCUAGCUGGGGUGCUGGUAGGCUUGGUCGUCGUAAUUCUUGUCGUCUCAUCUGCGGUGCGGUGCAUUGUGAAUCGACGAUUUUCAAGAUGGCUGAGAACUCUUCCUACUCAAAGAGUCCACCUUGUCUUACACCAACAACAAGCAGACAAGCAGCUGGAGCGUGCUCUGAACGAAAACACAUCUUCCAUGUUUUCCACCCCCGAGCUCUCCAUGCCAGUCAGGUAUGGAAUGCCUCUGAUUAUUCUUGGUAACAUUGGGUUCUUCCUCAGCGGGCAUUUGAGCAUUGCCGCGCAGGUUGGGUUCGUCUUGGAAAUUGCGGGGGAUCCCUUCACUUUGAGCAGGUUGUAUGACUUUACAAUUGUCGACAGCACCAUUGGCAUGUGGGAAGCUGGAGCUAAAGAGAUGGCAAUCUUCCUUUGUACCUUUGCGUUGAUCUGGCCGUACAGCAAGCAGUUGAUAUCACUGUUUUGUUGGCUUCUCCCCCCCGAGAAGCUGUCCAUCUCUACCCGAGGCUCAACCUACCUUUGGCUUGACACCUUGGCGAAAUGGUCGAUGGUAGAUAUCUUUGUCCUCUUGAUCACAAUGAUUGCAUUCAGGGUGGAUGCCGUCACCCCCAGUGUAGAAUUCCUGCCGAAGGAUUUCUUCACCCUCAGAAUUCGUAUCAUCCCCACAUGGGGUUUGUACGCCAACUUGAUUGCACAAAUCAUCUCCCAGAUCAGCUCUCACUUCAUCAUUCACUACCACCGUGAAAUUGUGCGACAUGCAACGCGUACAUACGAAGAAGACCACAACUUGAGACCUCGCAAGGAUGCGCAGAAUCCCGCUGACCAAGCAGCUGGGGAACCUUCUGAUGAGCGUAGUGGCGGCACCAAGGACAGCAGCGAGGGCUCCAAGGAGACUGACAACCGCACCCGCCUGUGUGACACUGCCUUCUCACGACCUCACAAGGGAAACCAAAGCAGACUGGUGGCUCGACAGAGUGCCAGCUAUGGGCUAGUUGUCGUCACUGUUCUUUUCCUGCUUUUCCUUGUGAUUGGAUCUACCUUGCCUUCGUUGAGCGCAGAGGUUCAGGGCAUUGUCAGUUUCGUUUCGGCUUUGGGGGAUGAAGGAGUUGCAAAGGAGUUCAAUCUUUUUGACGUAGCGGUGAUGCUUGUGAAGGACUCGGUCAAACUUGGAGAGUUCAAAUAUGUCGCGGGAUACUUGCUCUUGGCAUGCAUAUUGAUUUUGACAGUCUUUGUUGUCCCGAUAGUGCAAGGUCUGGCCCUUGCUUAUCAUUGGUUCAAGCCCAUGAACGACAGAGAGAGAAAGCGGUUUGCGGUGUUCAACGAAAUUCUUGCGGCCUGGCAGUACGCUGAAGUUUUUGUUCUGGCCAUCCUGGUAUCGAGCUGGCAACUUGCACCAACCUCCGUGUCCAUUGUUGCGGGUCAGUGCGAAGAUUUUGAGACUAUCUUUGAAAUGCUCGCUUACUGGGGGGUCCUUGAGCGUGAAAACAGCCACUGUUUCCGCAUCGAGGCGCAGGUCCUGAGCGGGUCGUAUCUGCUGUUUGGUGCGGCUGUGUUGUUGGGCUUGUUGAAUUCCUUCGUCACGAAGGCUAGUUUCCAGUACUUCUAUGACAUUGAAGAAACCAGGAAGGAACAAGCGAUGGAAGAGCAUCUGACCCUCGAAGAAUCAAUGGUUCCGUUGGACGAGAAGGCAAUCAAUACGAUAACGCCUCCGCCUGUGCUAUUCACUGAUUCGUUCAGGUGGCUGUUGAGGCCGGAGAUUCUUGGCGACAGACCCCUAAAAGGCAUGAUCGUUGAAGAUCCAAGCAACAGGAUGCAAGAGCAGGCAAUCGCUGCCGAAAACCUCAGCACAUCAUCUGGUUCGAAAGUAGACAUUCAUGAGGUCGAUGGGAUUAUGGUGUUGGAAUGUUAGAUCUUGUGGUCGAAGUUGUGUUGGUGUGCUUUGGUGCUUCCUUCAUUACUUUACGCCUUUACGUGUUCUAGAUAUGUCCCAGCUACAUUUGUACACACUUGAACAAUAAUUAAUGCAUGUAAAGACAAACACAGAAAGCAGUUUAUCGUUUAUGGUUCUAUGGGUUACAGAUAUCUUUGCUAGAUUGGUGGUUGGGUAGACAGUGGUGGA